AAAAUCACACCAUGGCGCCGGCAGCGACUGCGAUGAAGAUUGCGGUGCACCAAAUCAGUGGCAAGGUGACGCUGCUGGAAGUGAUGCCCGAGAGCACGCUGCGCGAGCUGAAGCUACGCCUAAGGGCCUGGCAGGUCUGUGAGGACGACCUCACACGGCGCAUGAGCGAAGUGGAGCUGGUCCUCGGGGAUCGAAAGCUGACGAACAACGCCCUGACGCUGCGGGAGGCAGGGCUUUCGCCCGACGUCACGCUGCAGGUCUUGUACAGCAUCAAACCGGUGGCUUGUUCGAGUCUGGCGACGUCCGGCUGUUCGGUGGAUUCGUUGCUGGUGGUGAACAUCCCAGAAACGGUGCAACGCAUUGAGAACGAAGCCUUUACUUCGUGCCAUUUUUUGGCCAAAGUGACGAUCCCAAACUCCGUGACGUGCAUUGGGCCCAGUGCCUUCAAGGGGUGCAGCUCCUUGGGCAGCGUGAACAUCCCCAACUCCGUUCUGGUCAUCGGUGGCUGGGCCUUUGCCGGCUGUUCCUCGUUGCUGCGAAUGACGCUGCCGUCCUCGGUCACGCGCCUCUUGGCGCGAGCCUUUGACAGCUGCAUCUCGUUGACUUCCAUCAACAUCCCGGAGUCGGUGAGCUUCAUUGGUGCAGGAGCUUUUGCCAGUUGCAAAUCUUUGCUGAGCAUCGACCUCCCGGACUCGCUGCUGCGCAUCGACCGGGACGCCUUCCGGGGAUGUGACUCCCUGGCAACAGUGAAGAUCCCCAAGUUGAUCACUUCCGUUGCCUCAGCCACCUUCAAAAAUUGCAGAUCUCUGGUGAAUGUCAGCAUUCCUGACUCUGUGACCUUAAUCGAUAUCGGAGCCUUCGAGAGCUGCCCGGUGCUGCGAUCCGUGACCCUUCCCGCGUCGCUGACGAUGCUGGCGAUGGAAGCCUUUGAAGGUUGCGCCUCGCUGCACCGUGUGGAGAUUCCCAACUUGGUGACGUCCAUUGGGCCGCGAGCGUUCAAAGGCUGCACUUCUCUCCACAGUGUGGAGAUCCCCAUCUCGGUGACCAGCAUCGGUGGUUGGGCCUUCCAAGACUGUGGCCUGUUCCGGAUGGCGAUCCCCAGCUCCGUGACCUUUAUCGGCACCGAAGCUUUCAGAGACUGCGAAGCUCUGCGGGAGGUGACGCUGCCCAGCGCCCUGGAAGGGGUGGCUCAGGAGAACGAGAUCUUCAAAGGUUGCCGUGCGGAGCAAGUGAAGCUCGAUGGCUAGAUGGUGGCCACUUGAGGCCUCCGAGAUGGAUGGAUUCCAAAUGAUUCCAAGAUGGAUUGUCGUUUUGUCGGUGAAACCCAUGUUUUCCCGAUUUUGUACGUCAACUUUGGCGUAGAGGUGUUCUUGAGGUGUUUGAUAUGAUGUGUUUAUCUUGCGACAACCUGCAUUCCCCGUAGCUCUUGUGGAAUCCUCCCGAAAGGAAGGCAAAGCAUCUGACCUUUCGCAAGGAAAA